AUGUCUAACUCUAUCCGUCAUUUAACUUCUAUUAAGGAUCUAACAGAUGAAGAAUUCAAGAUCCUUGUUGACAGAGCUCAACAUUAUAAGACUAUCUUCAAGAAUGGUGCCUCUGAUGACUUCCAAAAGAAUCAUCUAAAAUUAUUAGGUAGAACUGUCGCUUUAAUUUUCACCAAAAGAUCCACUAGAACUAGAAUCUCUACCGAAGGUGCUGCUACUUUUUUUGGUGCUCAACCAAUGUUUUUAGGUAAAGAAGAUAUUCAAUUAGGUGUCAAUGAAUCAUUUUAUGAUACUACAAAGGUUGUAUCCUCGAUGGUUUCCUGUAUUUUUGCACGUGUGAAUAGUCAUGAAGAUAUUCAAGCUUUAUGUAAAGAUUCAUCCGUACCAAUUAUUAAUUCUUUAUGUGAUACUUAUCAUCCUUUACAAGCUAUUUGUGAUAUGUUAACCAUUAAAGAAAAAUUCGCUACACAUCUAAAUGAUUCCUCUAAACCAAAUUUAAAGAUUACUUGGAUUGGUGAUGCUAAUAAUGUUAUUAACGAUAUGGCUCUUGCUUGUUUGAAAUUAGGAAUGGAUGUUGCUAUCGCUACACCAAAUGGUAUUGAAAUGGAUGCCAACAUUAUGAAUGAAGCUAAUAAGAUUGCAUCUCAAAAUGGUACUAAGAUUGAAGCUACUCAUGACUCCAAGAGUGCUUCAAAAGGUGCAAACAUUCUUGUAACAGAUACUUUUGUUUCAAUGGGUGAAGAAUUUGCCAAGGAGGCUAAAUUAAAACAAUUCCAAGGUUUCCAAAUUAAUAAAGAAUUGGCUGAUUUAGCUGAUCCAGAAUUUAAAUUUAUGCAUUGUUUACCAAGACAUCACGAAGAAGUUACUGAUGAUGUCUUCUACGGUAAACAUUCUAUUGUAUUUGAUGAAGCUGAAAAUAGAUUAUAUGCUGCUAUGGCUGCUAUUGAUGUCUUUGUCAUUAACAAGGGUAACUUCAACAAUCUAAAAUAA